AUGUGGAGCGCUAAAUUGGCCGACAAGCCUUUCGUUUAUUCGAUUUUCGGAAUCCAGUACCCAACUGGAAACCCCACGAGUGUCCAGGAAGCUCUCACCGAGGAAUUCGACAGUCUCAUUUCCGGUCAUGGAACUCAUAUCGAGAGACUUAUCCAAGAUGGCUGCGCCACCCCGUCUGCUGGAAAGUCGCACGUUUGGAUCGCGUACUGGACGUCCAGCGAAGAAUAUCAGAAGUGGUGGACUCGAGACGAUGUAUCACAAUUCUGGGCAAGCCUUCCCUCCGACGCGGGAAUGUGGAGAGAGGUCCUGACACCAUCACCCCGACGAAGUCAGUACGGAGCCAACAAGAACGAGCCCUCGGGUCUCGGAAAUUUGGGCGAAAGAUUCGAUAUUGGCCGCAAGUCGGGUUAUUGGGGAUGUUAUCGCCAUCGGCUGGCUGACCACACUUCAGAUGAGAUGGUGUCUUCAGCGAAGCAGGACUUGGAGCCACGUAGACCGUUGAGCAAACUCUCAGCUGGGAUAUCGAGUCCUGAGAUUCGCCCGGGUCGGGUUCACAUGACACACUUUCCAAACAACAUUUGCUUCGUUGUCGAGGGACAAGACCAUUCUGCCAUUACGACCGAGGAGAAGAAACUUUGGGUUGAAAACUUCGAUGAAUCAGUCUCUCGUUGGAUGAAAGAUCUUAUGGAAGCAGGGCCUGAGUCGGGCAUUCUUGACAGGCGGAUGUGUUAUGAGAGAGACAGUGGUCUCUUCCUCGAGGGGGAACCGCAGGCGCUGAGAUACAACAAGAAAGUGCAAUUGUUUUAUUUCAAGGACCUCCGCCACUUUGAAAAGAUUGGACGGCAGAAUAAAGGUCAUGUCGAUUUGCGGAAACGAUUCCUUGAAGCGUAUGGUUCUGACGGGCACAUGAUGAAUGGGAACCUUUCGCUCUGGGUGGAGACGACCGUUUUGAAAGCAGAUGAGAUGGAUUGUGAGUAUGUUGGAUGUGUUGACGGAACUGGUUUUAUGGCUUUUAGUUCGGAUUUAGAUAAUUUUGCUUAG